GACCGCCAUGGCGGUCCGGCGACCAUCAUCCAACCAUGUCCAGCUUCCUUCCACAGCGCACAUUCAGAGAAAUUGCUGAUGCCGGAGACUUUAAACCAGCGGGCAAAUUUAAAGGCCAACCUGCCAUCUCCUUCCUAGACGCGGAUGUGAGUGCACUCUCAUCCAGAUUCGCACAAACAAUAGUUGGGCACUUCAUCAAAGGGAGACCAAGCCUUAUCUCAACCAGAAAAGCUUUUGAACGGAUUGCCUUUGAAAGCGAUUUCUCUGUAAGUCUCUUAGAUGACUGCCAUAUUUUGAUCAAUUUCGAAUCUGAAAAGGAUUUCCUGAGAUGCUUGUUGCGAAAAUAUUGGAAGAUUAAUGGAUUCUCUUUGAAAGUUUUCCGAUGGACUCAUGAUUUUGACCCUAAUGCCGAUUCCCCACUAAUUCCAGUUUGGAUAGGCCUUGAAGGUUUGCCUAUACAUCUAUUUGAUUCUCUUGCUUUAUUCUCAAAUGGGAACCUGCUUGGUAAACCCCUAAAAACUGAUUCAGCAACAGAAACUCUUUCGAGGCCCUCUGUUGCCCGAAUAUGUGUUGAGAUAGAUACCAGCAAAGAACUGCCUCGAAGUGUUUGGAUUCACCUGGGAGAACUCACCUUCCUACAGCCAAUAACUUAUGAAGAUCUUCAAGACUAUUGCCCCUCAUGCAAAUCUUUUGGCCACAAAAACUGUAAGAGAAAGAAUGAGAACUCUAGAUGGGUUAAAACAGAAGGCGUUAAAACAGAAGGGGUUUCUAGAACUGGAAUUGCUGCUCCUAAGCCUGGAGUGACCCCAACUACAAUAGAGGCUGUUUUGCAAACAACCCAGGGUGAGGAUGCAACCAUGUCUAUUUCUGCUGCCGAAACAACAGUCUCAAACGGGGCUGCUCCUCCGAGAGUUGACGUGGCAACUAAUCUAACCCUUGCUAAUGUGAGGGACUCUACAGCUCAUGAACCCCCUUCAAUUUCUAAUGAUCUUGAAGCAACCCCUAGUGGCAGCUCCCCAGCAACAAACCUCAGGACUGAUCCAGACCCUAUCGUCUGUGAAGACACAGAUUGUGUUGAGAAAGAUGCUGAAGCAACUCUUACUCAAAGUUGUACAGCAGCUCAUCAUAAUGUUAAGAUAGCUUCAGAUGUUUGUGAAGUUAUUCCUACUGCCAAUUGUCCAGCAACUUGUGGUAUUAGUGAGGUAAUAUUGGCGACUCUGACCAAUGUCCAAGUUGAUACCCUUAUACUGGAACCCGAUUCUCCUUUACUUUUUAACAAUGAACUCAGUUGUGGUACACACAAUCUGUCUUCCAAGGCAGCAUUGGAAGGCACACAGACUGUUGACACUGAAAAUAAGGAAGAGUACAUUCCUGACCCUUCUCAAAUCAACUUAAUUGAAUUUCCAGUCCUCACAAAAGAAUUGUUGGAAGCUACUAGUGGUGCACACACUCUUUCUCUUGAGAAAGAGAUGGAAGGCGCACUAAGUCUUUCAUCUACAGGAAAUGCUGAGAUUCCUUCUGAUCCUAUGGAAAACAAAAACCCCCCUCCACUGUUGACCAACGAUGCAGUCAACACCACCCUUGAAACCCUAGCUCGCUGGUUCAAUGCCUAGUGAAGCAAACCGGGGCUAUAUGUCAUAUCCUAUUGCAAUAAUGAAAAAUGACGUUUGGAUUAUGCAUUCUCCUAGGUUGAUAAUAAUUUCUAGGUUUCUAUAUUGGUUUAUCAUAUUUUGAGAAAAGUUUUGUUUAUGCACAUUCAAGGUGUUAUUUCCAGGUUCGCUAAAAUGAUCAUUGUUCAACCUAGUGUUCUUUCUAAGUGGUCUAGUGUUCCUAAUUAAUUUAGGUUGUCUAU